CCUAUAUAAAAGCUAUUUAAUUAACUAGAUCCCAGUCAAACCUGUUCCUAUAUCCACAUUAAAAGUACCGCAAUCCUGCAGCCUCACUUCUAAGGACUAAUUAACUGGUAUAUCUUGACCUUCUUAGCAAAGGAAACUUCGCACUUAUCCAUUGGUUAGGUUAGUUCAAUGAAUAUUUGGCUAACAAAUACACGCUUUGCAAUUUAAUUAAUAAUAUAAAAUGUUGUAAUGGAGGUGUUCUUGAUGCUCGUUUUUAUGUGUAGUUCGGUGUUGGGAGCCGUGGACACUGGAUAUCCCGCAGGGUUGAUGGCCAACUGCCCGGGUAUGACCAAAAAAACUAUUUUAUCGGAAAAUACAAAAGAUUCACUCUCUGUGGUCGUCAUCAAUCCCACUGCUGGUUUCUUCGGCUACCCAGAGGCUAGGUGUAAACUAGUUAAUGGGACAGAGUGUGUCGUUAAACACUUGGAUUUAAAAAAUGCAAAAACCCAGGUGUUAGUGAGUGGUUACUUGGACUCUUCUUUUUCCUUGGCAAUGCGGUCGCUGGUCACCCCGUACCUCGCUCGAGGAAGGAAUGUUAUCUUGUUAGAGCUGUUCCCUAUAUUGGUCCGCAGCUAUCCCGUCGCAGCUCGUCUGACAAAGCCCUUAGGCGAUCUUCUUGGAGUAUUCCUCACAGCUCUUACAAAGUACGGGCUAGCAUCUAAUAAGCUGGAGAUAGUGGGAGCCAGUUUGGGAGCACAUAUCUCUUCUUUCGCAGCUGUUAAGUAUCAUCAACUGACGGGAAGAAAACCACUGAGACUUACAGGGUUGGACCCGGCGGGCCCGUGCUACCGCGACCUGCCGCCCGCGGCGCGCCUGAACGCGCAAGUUGCUCACAAGGUGGAUGUACUGCACACCAGCAUCGACGGGUUUGGGAUCGCCGAACCGCUCGGACACAUUGAUUUUUACGCGAAUGGAGGUGAAUACCAACCAUCCAUGGUCGGUAACUUCAUCAUGCCUUGCUUCCUACUCUGUAGUCACAUUCGCGCAGCCAAGUACUGGGUGUUGGCCAACAUAUUCCCAGACAAAUUCAUUGCAGUGCAGUGCGAUUCAGUAGCCAGGGCGCGCCACGGCGACUGCUACGAUAAAAACAUUACCAACCUCCUCGGACCAAAGACAGACUUCAAGAAACCAGGAAUUUACUACCUACCCACACAAGAAGUACCGCCUUUUUACCUCGGGGAAGACGGAAUUAAAAAGAAAAAAUAUGGCGUCAACACGUACCUACUAAAACCAGCACCCAACAAGGAUCUUAUUAUUUAACACUAAAUAAAAUAAAAAAUGUC